AAUCAGGCAAUGAUCUAUUGUUGGCUGUGUCUCUGUUGUUCACACCGUCCGCACUCUCCUCUGCUUCUGCGCUGAUGAAAACAAAGAGCUGAACAAGAAGAACAGUUGUGUGGGCUUUCAGUGUCUUUCACAGUGUUUUCAUAACACCCCUCUGAGCUUGAUGCAAGUCAAUGUAAAAGAUGCAGCUGUUUUGCCCGUUGUCCUCUCUCUUUCUCUCCCCCCUUUCUCCCUUUCAAAGAAUUUUCAUUUGAAUGAAAACCCUGCUCAGUGUUUUGUUGUGCUCAGAGGGGGGAGGGGUUUGAUUGGUCAGAAUCCCUUUCUGGGUGGACCAAUUGGAGCACGUCUCCCGCCUCCCACCCCACCCCUGUGCCCCACUGAGGCUCCCGGCCUGACGUGGGAUUGGCCGACUGGGAGGAGCUAGACUCUGUAUUAAAGCCUGUCCCGUCUGCUCCACUUCAGUGUUAAAGAGAGUCCCCGUCUGUCAGCCGUGUGUGUGAGAGAGUGUGUGUGUGUGUGUGUGUGUCUACCAGUGCGUGUGGAUGCUUUUUGUUAUUGAGAAGCGGAGAGGAAACUGAGAGCGCUACUAUUACCUGACUUUGAAUUCCGUCUCUUUUUUUUUUUUUUACCUUCUCCAGGACUUUGGGGCUCUCCAGCUGAGCUCCUGGACGGCUUUUUGUCUCACAUCAAAACUGGACAGGCGGACGGCUUGACAGACGAGUUGGACAGAGAUCUUGAAGGGGAUCUUAAAGGCCAGUGUGUUGCCGGUAUCAUCUCUGGCUUAUCUACCAGACCUGCAUUUUGGAUAAAGACCUCCAGUCAGCUGUGCUGUGGCAGACCGGUGACCCCGAUCUGCAGCCAGACCCUCUUUUCGGGUCACCACUGAGCUAAUAGAUGUGGUCUGGUCGGGCCUGAUGUGGAAUUUGACCCCAACUGACCCUGUCCCACAAGUAGUCUUUGACUGAGACUCAGCGGAAAGGAAGGAUAAAAGAGCAAGAGGGCCGACGGAGAAGAAAGGAGGAAGAAAAGGAGAAGUGAGAGCAGCAGCACAGCGACUGCUCGUCCAGGAUGCCGGUGGAGACCCUGCGGCCGUCAGACGGCCGUCUGGCCGGGGCUCCCUUCACCUCCGCCAUGCCCUUCAGGAUACUUCACAAGGGGCCAGACUACUUCCGUCGUCAGGCUGAGCCUGGGGCCCGUAAACUGAGCGCUGUAGAACGCCUGGAGGCCGACAAGGCCAAGUACGUGAAGAGCCAGCAGGUGGCCCUCACCCGCCAGGCCCCCAUCAAACCACCAAUCAUCCGCAAGCCCCUCGUUCCUCCGGGGAUGAUGCUCCAGUGCCAGAUCAGCACGCCUCCAGCCCGCAAAGUUCUCCGCUGCCCAGCUGAUGUGGAGAACGGAGGAGGGAGAGAUGGACCAGGAGGAAGAAGGGGACCUGCUCUUAACUUGGAUAUUCUGAAUAAUCUUAUCAAUGAUGUAUGUGAUGGACCAAUGCCCUGUUCCCAGUCCUCUUCCUCCACCUCCCCCUCCUCCUCAUCUCCUUCAUCAGGAGCUAAGAGCAUUGGCAGCAGCCUGUCAGCAGAACAAGAGAGGAGCAACCAACUCCUCAACAACCUCAAACCUUUGAAUCACGGCACCAUCAACUCCUCAUCCACCUCCUCCUGCACGUCCUCUCCAUUCAACAACAACCUCCGGAUCCCUGCAGCGGAACCCACCCGCCGCCCACCCCCUGUUCCAGCACGAGUACCCCGGAUAGGGGUUCCAGCGCCCUACAGCUCCCCAAACUCAGUGACGGUGCGCAGGGUGGACGUUCGGCCUCAGGCUGACAUUAGGAAGCCUCAGAGGACCCUACUACAGCCGCAACUCAGGCCCAGACAGACUGCCCAGGGCCAAGUUGCACACCCCCUGGUCCCACCUCCACCUCCUCCUCCACCCGCUAAGAACAAAUCCCAAGCCAACCCCCAGCUCACGACCCCCUCCCAAACCCUGCCCUCCCCACCAGUCUACCUCCCACCUAGUCCCAUGUUGAUCCGAGCUUGCAUGAUCCCGCCCGCCUCCCCCGCUUUCACCCGGAUAUCGAACGCCAGCUCCAAGGGCUCUGCCCGUAAGCACCCGUCCUUGCAUCGCUCAAAGUCGGACCUGAGCGACCGGUACUCGCGCGCCACAGCCGACCUGGAGCGCUUCUUCAACUACUGCGGGCUGGACCCGGGGGAAGUGGAGGGCAUGGGUGGAGUGGAGCGUUUCACAAGAGCCAACUCAGACAUUGUGUCCGUCUCCAAGCUCCGCAGCGUAAGCACGCCCAGCUCGGAGUGUGGAGACGAGGCUGCCCAGGCAAGGGAGGACGAGGAAGCCGAUGGCGAGGCCGCGAGAGCCAACGAACGGGUCCCCUACGGCAUCUCCGUCAUCGAGAGGAACGCACGAGUCAUUAAGUGGCUCUACGGCAUCCGUCAGGCGAGAGAUACCAACAGCGCUGUCUCUAAUGUAUAGACUACAAAAGAACUUAAAAGUCGAACAGGGAAGCAGUACUUUUUGUAUGUAUACAUACGUUUGAAGACGGGAAAAACCAUCUGUUUGUCUUCUGCUGCCUUACGUCACAUUUAAGGAGAAUCCUUGUCCUAGUCUAGUCCUGUCAAGGCGUUUUGGAAAUUACACAUCAGUAAUUGUUAUCUGGGCUGCAAGUCAGGACUGCUUCCCUGGGACGAGACGGACGAUACAUUUCCCUUUUCCUUAACUUGAUCUUGUAUGACAAUAUUGGUUUACGAAAGCAAUAAUAGACUGGUAUAAGUGAUGGUGAGGAUGAACGCAGAGGAUUUUUGCGAUUGUGGUUCCUUGUGUAAGGGUACUUUGUGCGUGCGUGCGUGCGUGCGUUUGUGUGUGUGUACCGGAGAGCUCCGUAGCACAAAGCCACUGCAAACUGCUGGAGACUCUGAUGCGACACAGUGCAGUGACUGUUGAGCAAGCCAGGACAAGAACCACGUUGAUACUGUGAAACUUCACAAAAAUGCUUCCAUAAACACAUUUGUAUUUUCAAAAAUCUUUUGGCUGUAAGACUGUUAUUAUACAAAUUUCUGUCAGCAUGCCAGUGAAACAGUUGUACACAUUUUAUUUUAGGGUUUGUCAUGUCAACAAAGCAUACACUUUGCUCAUACAUAGAUUGUCACUUCACGGCACAGACGUGCAUUCAGGUCAAGUACAGUAAAUAUGGGAGCAGCUGCAGUUGAUGCUGUCUGUAUAUCUGACUGUAACUUUGUCUAGUGAUUGCAUCUGAAACAUGGACUCAUGUCUUGGGUUAUGCUGCACUGGUGCAGUGAGCAAAAUCUGUUUACUAUGUAUGUCUUGGCAUGGAUGAGAAAGCAAGUCAUGUGAGGGGUGAUCUCAUAAGUGGAUGGUUGCAGUAAGUGUAGCAUGAAAAAGUUAUUUUGCCUCCAGUAAGAAUGGAGAGAAAAUCGAAGAAUGGGUAAAAGGAAGACUGAAAAGAGCAUACUUGUAGAAAAAAAAAAUCUAUGGUGGUUCUGAAAGUGACUCAGGAAAAUGUACUUGACAUACUAACAAAAAUGGACCAAUAUUUAUUUGGAAAAAAUUAAUUUUAUGUAUUUUUUAAUAUUGGAGAACUUUGUGUACAGAAUUCUUUGCUCUUCAGUGCAAUCUAAUCAUAUCUACUACACAUACAAUAGAAUUAAAACAUGCAAAUACAGGCCCCAGUUGGGAACGUGAACAUGUGCCCACUGCUCGGUGGGGAGCACUAAAUAAAGUGUGUGUGUAUUUAUCUGACUUCCUUGUUGCAGAGGAAAGUAAGAGGUGAGGUCUGUCUCCCUAGUACAAGUUCUCCACCCUCUGCACCUACUUACUUUCAUCUUUUCAGGAUAUUCAGAACAAGCAUCAGCCAGGGUUUGCUCACAGUACAUGUACCUAUCACAGGUAGAUGAAGAGCGGAACAGGGAAGUUGAACAAAGUGUGCUGUUGAAUCCGGCACUGGAUGCCCAAAGAGUCUUCAAGUGAAAGAUCCAAAAUUGUGUAUUC